ACUACGUAUACGUCUCGGAUGACGAGGGUGAACGCGCCGGAGGUCAACAGGUCCUUCGCCAAUGCUGGACUUGCUGUCGGCAUGGGUCAUUCGGUCCUGAGGCGGUUUUGCGAGGCGAUAGGGCUACUGUGUCUGUCUCUCAAGACCCACCAGGCGAUUCAGAAGGAGGUGCACAAGUCUGCUCUGCAGAGCCUUCAGAGUAACCUCACUAGAGCACGAGACAUUGUGAAGCAGCUCUACCAGAAAACGGAAGACUUCUUUCAUGUGGCUGUCACCUAUGAUGGCACAUGGCACAAGAGGGGGCACACGUCAUUGCACGGAGUAGCUGCGGUGAUCUGUGCUGUCAGCGGCUUGGUGCUGGAUGUCCACGUCAUGUCCCUACAUUGCCAGUUAUGCAAGGUCAUGGAAAAACGACUAAAGGACCGACCAGAUGACCUCGAGAGGUGGAAGACAACCCAUAGACCUAAAUGCCACAAGAAUCAUACAGAGUCUUCAGGUUCCAUGGAAGUGGCUGCAGCUGCAGUCAUGUGGGGGAGAUCGGAGCAGUAUGGCCUCAGGUACACUACAAUGAUCUCGGAUGGAGAUUCCAAGACUUACAAUGAGCUGACCAAAAACCCACCUUAUGACGGCAUUGCUGUGACGAAAGGGGAGUGUGUCAACCAUGUUUCAAAACGCAUUGGCACUCAGCUGAGGAAUGUGGUUGCUGAUGAGCGGAAACGGGGAGUGACUCUUGGUGGAAGGGCAUCUGGAGCUUUGACACAGGUAAUGAGAAUAUUCUUUUACCUAAGUUAGUGUCAUGUUUGAAAAAAAAAAAAAAUGCAAAUGAGGAAGUGAGAAGUCGGUGUUUGUACAGGUAAUUGU